AUUGUCAAUGCAUGUCUGGCAUGUCAAAUAGGUAGUAUAUUCGAUUUUUGGAUAAAAAAUGAAUCCACUGGUAUAGAUAUUAAAACGAUUUUUAAAAUUUCGACAUAUUAAAUGUAAUUUUGAACUACGUAUAAAAAUAAUGGGUACUAACGGCAACGGUCGACGAGGAGGUGCUAAGCUCCCCGACGUUCGCCGCCCGAUGGAGGAAGGCGAUUGUGUUAACGAUAUGGAGAGUCCCGAAUUAGAUUUUGUGUACGACGACUGUGACACGCAAACUAAUGAAAUAGCAGAACUUUACAGUUACACUGAACAUCCAGAAUUUCAAUUAAAUGUGAAAGCUUUUGAAGAUAUCAUGGAAGAGUUCGAUUACCCUCCCAGUUGGCAGAGAUUGACUAAAGCGCAACAACGAACAGUCAUUAUAAAGUUAUUAGAACAUUUAGAUGUAGCUGUUACUGAAAUACGAAUGCGAGCAACAAGGUGUAUAUUUUACUUGGCUCAAGGUUGUUGGGCUGAGGUGCAGUCAGAUGCAGAGCAAGCCCAUUGGGCCCGCGUUAAUGUUAUGACCUUAUAUGAAAUGGGUACGUUUACAGCCUUUGUGGAACUGUUAAAUUUGGAAAUAGUCAGAAGUAGUACAGCUAUUGCAUCUAGGAAAUUAGCUGAAUCUCUGGCAGACUCGACCAAUCUUCGAGUUAUAUUAUCUGUACUUUAUUUGAUAACAGAAUACAUGAGAUCUGAAAAAGAUAAUCCAGAAUCAGAGUAUGCUCAUUUGGUGCAGAACUUCAAAGAAGAACUUGGGCAGCCGUUUGGUGAUGAACUGUUACCAGUUAAACUUUUAAGUAUGGUUACGCAUCUGUGUGCUGGUACAACACCACAUUUUCCAAUGAAGAAAGUCUUAUUACUGUUGUGGAAAGUAUUGCUUGUUUAUCUGGGUGGAACAAAAGAAUUAAAAGAAAAAAAGGCAAGAUUAAGAGAUAAAUAUGGUCUACCUAAAGUGACAGAAGAUACUCUUGAAAUUAUAAAAGGAAUGCGAGCUAGCUCACCACCACCAAGUGCUGUAGAUAUGCUAGAAAAUCAAAAUCCUGGGCAAAGAAAGAUGAAAGAGAAUGAAAGGGCACUUAGAAGACAGACAUUUGUGAAACAGACCUCUUUGGAUGAAUCAGAUGAACAGAUAUUUGUUGACAAAGAAGAAACUGGAAAUGGUUCUGAAGAUUCUAUGGAGUUUCAAUCUAUGCCGAGUGAUGGAACACCAGGUGAUAACAAUCAACAGUGUCCAUAUUACAUGUAUUUUAAACAGUUAGAUAGUCCACCUCCACCUCCACCAUUACCACGAAGCCUUCCUUGGCAGUCUAAAGUGAGACAAAAAGACAUCGACACAUUUUUAGACAAUGUACGUAUCAAAUUUGUUGGUUAUUCCCUACCUGGAGAUAGACAGACAAUAGCUGGGUUGCCACAACCUAUACAUGAAGGAAUGGAAAUACUCAAGAAGCAUAUGUACACUAGUCUUUCAGAAAUACAAAUUGAAAGAGAAAAUGAAAUUGCCCGAAGUCCUCUCACAAAAGGAGAAAAAGAAGUUGAAGAAACUGAAACAGAAAUCCUAUACAGAGCUAUGGUACCUAAUUUACCUCAGUAUAUGAUAGCUCUUUUAAAGAUUCUUCUGGCUGCGGCUCCCACAUCUACUGCAAAAACUUAUUCUAUAAACAUAAUGGCAGAUCUUCUGCCUGAGGAAAUGCCAAUGACUGUUUUAAAAUCUCUAAAGCUUGGUAUUGAUGUUAAUAGACAUAAGGAAAUAAUUGUUAAAGCUGUCACUGCCAUACUUCUUUUGCUUUUGAAGCAUUUUAAAUUGAAUCAUGUUUAUCAAUUUGAAUUUAUGUCACAACAUUUGGUAUAUGCCAAUUGCAUGCCACUAGUUUUGAAAUUUUUCAAUCAAAACAUUUUAUCUUACGUUGGAGCUAAGAAUUCCAUACCCAUAUUUGAUUUCCCGGCAUGUGUGAUUGGGGAACAACCGGAACUAACAAAAGAAUGUUUGGACAUCGGUGAUUCUUCAGUCCCAUAUUCAUGGCGUAACGUUUUUUCCUGCAUAAACUUAUUAAGGAUAUUGAACAAAUUGACAAAAUGGAAAAAUGCACGAAUUAUGAUGCUUGUGGUAUUCAAAAGUGCACCAAUUUUGAAACGCACACUCAAAGUAAGACAUGCUCUUAUGCAGUUUUAUGUACUAAAACUUCUUAAAAUGCAAACAAAGUAUUUGGGGAGACAGUGGAGGAAGACGAACAUGAAAACAAUAAGUGCCAUUUACUCAAAAGUUCGACACAGGUUGAACGAUGACUGGGCAUUUGGUAAUGAUGUUGAUGCACGGCCGUGGGAUUUUCAAGAUGAAGAAAGUGCAUUGAGGGUCAGUGUGGAUCGCUUCAACUUACGGAGGUAUGGCACUGGUGGUGAACAUGAAUUGGAUCUGUCUCCUUAUGAAACUGAUAUAAACAGUAUUCUUGAAAGUAAUAUUGAGCUUGAUGAUGAGUUUAAAGAGAAUUAUGAGCUAUGGCUGGAACAAGAAGUGUAUAACAAUGAAAUAAAUUGGGACAUAUUACUGACGGCAUGAACUAACCAUGUUAAUUUUUAUAUUUACAUAUUUUACUAUUGUGUUAUCAAUAAGAAAUUGGUUGACAUACAUGACUAAUUUUUAAUUAUUUAGAAAGGUACACCAUCUUACCUCUAAAAUAAAUCAAAGUGUAUGCUAUCUUAUUAUAAAUAGGCAGUAAUAUAUUAUUAUCUUGUACAUUUUUACUUAUCUUAAAAAUAGUGUGUGUAUUACAUAUAUAUAGACCUCCCAAUUCUAUGCUGAUAGAUUUUAUAGAGAAAUAAAAUUAACUAUCAUGACAGUGUGUUACUUUACAAUUAAUUUUUGAUAGUAUUUAAUGUAUUUUUUAGUAUGCAUGAAAUUGUCUUAGUAGGAAUGUGCUAAAAGAAUAAUAGUGUUGCCAUUUUAAAAAACUACAAAUGAAAUUUUACAUCACUAAUCUUAAUAAUUAAAUGAAACACAUAUCGCCUAUUGAAUAGGUUGAAUGUUUUUUUUUAAACAUGAUUGGAUGGCUUGAAAUCAUGAUUUUAUUUUUACAUUUGCAGCAGUAAGAAUAUUAAAGAUGUUGAACAUGAGGAAACCAAAUUGUUUUUAAAAAUAUGCCGAAAUUUAUGUUACAUAAGAACAUUGGCAAUAAAUAGUUCUAGUUUUAGCUUCGUGAAAGAUUUAUAAAAAUGCAAUAUGUAUUAGAUCUCCCAUUGUUUUGUCCAGUAACUUAAUAUAACCUCUAUGUAUUAAAUAUAUAUGCAUUAAACGAUGGUAAAUAGAUGUACCGUGUUUCAUUAGCAUUUUAAAUUGGGUUGUAUCCGUGAAUUCAUUAUCCAAGCAUAUUUUAUUACAACCAUAAUUUAUUACAUACUAAAUAUUAUGCGCAAAAAAUAAAAACAUUAUUUUUAUU